AUGAAUAUCAAUCAUCAAAUCAAUUUCUACUAUGGCAAUCGCCAAUACAGCCUCGUCUGGCAAGAUCUCGAUCCAACAAUCGUCAAUGAAGUGCUCUUCUUCCUUUUCAAUGAAAUCUCAACCAAAAAUAAACUGAAUCACAUGACCUUCCUUGAUUCCAAUUCCCAACCUAUCCAAAACUCACUCCCUCAUUUCAUUCAAUCGCAAAAUGUCUAUAUCACGAACACCAACAACCCACAGAUGAUGAAUAUGGUGGAAGAAUAGGAAUUUUAGAAUCUCUACCAGAUACAUCCAAAUCAACUUGUGAUUCAAAAGUACAAGAAAAUGUAAAAAUUGGAAAGUGUCAAUUAUCAGAUGCAAACCAUCUUUAAUCUUAAUCAACAAUAUCGAGAAGCCAGUCAAAACAUUAAGGACAAUACCAACAUGAUUAACCAAAAAUAAAGCAUUGAGAGAAGUGCCAACACUUAUCCAAUCACUAAAAUUAAAUCAACAACCAAUCAACCAAUCCAUAAACGGCAAACUGAUUUUAAGUCAUACACCAUUGAAGAGGUAUUGCUCUCUUUUUAUUAAUAUCAAGGUUCAAUUACAUAAUACAUAAAAUGACGCUUGGAUUGUGUUGCAGGACAAUAUCUAUGAUGUGUCUUAUUAUAUAGAGAAACAUCCAGGGGGUCGAGAAUAAAUUCUCAGGGGAGUAGGAAUGGAUGCCACUCUCUUGUUCUUCCAACAUCAUCCUUGGAUCAACUUCCAUUACAUUCUUGAGAAAUUUCAAGUGGGAUAUUUAUUAAAAUGA